AGAUACAACAAAGCCCCAGUCUAGUUGGUGGCGGUAAUGCAACAUUUAUUGGAUGUGAACCGCCGUUAAACCUCAUCGAAGAAGAAGACCCGGAAGUACUUUUUUUUUAUUGUUGCUGACGAGACGCUGUUGCUCACAGCAGUGAUCCUUGAAUCUCGUCGGUAUUUCUGAUUAUUGCAUUACCUUUGUGUCUUCAGAAAUAUAUUUUUUAAACAGGUAACGUUUAGCUAAACAGAACAAUUAUACACGCUACUCUUCGUGUCGAAAUUAGUAUUUUCUUUGACCGGAAUCAUACGCCGAGGGCCAGCUCACGCUAGCAAGUUGUCGUUUUCAAAUAAACAACGUUAACGUUACAGUAGUUAGCUAAACCUAGGUAGUUCAUCUGAAGUACAUCAUAUUACACCAUCAAUCAUGGCAGUUGUCAACGAAGGCGCAUUGAAGAAAAUGCUCAAGCAAUACAAAUACAGGGACCUGACUGUUCGUGAGAUAACCAACGUCAUCUCCCAGUACAAGGACCUGAAGCCUGUUAUGGAUUCAUAUGUUUUCAAUGAUGGCUCCACUAGAACUCUGGUGAGCUUAACAGGAACAGUGCCAGUCAGCUACAGAGGAAACAUAUAUAACAUCCCAGUGUGUCUAUGGCUGCUGGACACCUACCCAUACAACCCUCCCAUCUGUUUUGUGAAGCCCACCAGUGCCAUGAUGAUCAAGACUGGCAAACACAUUGAUGCCAACGGCAAGAUCUACCUGCCCUAUCUGCACGAGUGGAAACAUCCCCAGUCGGACCUGUAUGGUCUGAUCCAGGUGAUGAUCGUGGUGUUUGGGGAGGAGCCCCCCGUAUUCUCCCGCCCCACCACACAGGCCCCCUACCAGGCCUUCCAGGCUGCAGGACCCCCCAACCCAUCCUACAUGCCAGGUAUGCCAGCGCUCUCCCCGUACGGACCAAACCCCACCCCUGGUGGCUAUCCAGGGUACCAGUACCCUAGUGCAAACUCGUAUCCUGCCACAGCUGGCACUACACACUACACUUCCCAGAUUCCUGCCUCCACUGUGGGCCCCAGUAGGGAUGGUACCAUUGGCGAGGACACCAUCCGUGCGUCGCUGAUCUCCGCGGUGAGCGACAAGCUUCGUUGGAGGAUGAAGGAGGAGAUGGACCGGGCGCAAGCUGAGUUGGACGCACUAAAGAGGACCGAGGAGGACCUGAAGAAAGGACACCAGAAACUGGAGGAAAUGGUCUCACGGCUAGACCAGGAAGUGGCGGAGGUGGACAGGAACAUUGACCUACUGAAGCGUAAGGACGAGGAGCUGAGCGAGGCACUGGAGAAGAUGGAGAGCCAGUCGGAGAACAACGACAUCGAUGAUGUAAUCGUGCCCACGGCGCCACUCUACAAGCAGAUCCUCAACCUGUACGCUGAGGAGAAUGCCAUUGAGGACACCAUCUUCUACCUGGGAGAGGCGCUGCGCCGCGGGGUCAUAGACCUGGAGGUGUUCCUCAAGCAUGUGCGUCUGCUCUCCCGAAAGCAGUUCCAGCUGCGAGCCCUCAUGCAGAAAGCCCGCAAGACCGCCGGCCUUAGUGACCUAUACUGACCCCGCGGACACCCAUACACACUCCCUUUCUCCCAGUCGCUCCCUCUGUACAGCUCCUCCUCUUUAUAUCUGUCUUUUUGUCUCUCUCUCUCGGUCUGUCCUCUUCUCUCUAAAAGACGUAUGAAAAGAGCUAAAAAAAUUGUUUUUGUUUCGAACAUCUCCUAAACAUGCAUCUAGUUGGAUAACUAAUGUGGAAAAUAUGCAGUUUGAUAUGGAGCAAAUGUCUGCCAACAUUAAUUCUUGCAUUUAUUUUUUAUUUUUUUGUAUUAAUAUUGGCAGCCAUAUGCUUCCAUAGUCACAAUGUUGGAGUGGUAUCAAACGAGAGGUGUGAGAGUAUGUGCUCUGACAUUGUGUGACAGUUGCUGGUGUGAGUUUGUGCUACUUGUCUCGCUGUAAAGGAAAGCUUACACUCUCAUAUAAAUAUACGUCUCAACUAGGGAUGUGCAUCUCUCCUUUCAUGAAAGAUUCUAAAUACAUGGGCACUGAUACGCUACAGGAAUGAUGCCUUUUUGUUUUAAAAGAUUCAGUUUGAUUAGGUGAGCGAAUUAAUGCGAUUUGGUUAGAUACGAUAUGCUUCAAUGCACUAAAAUGUUUUGCAUGAACACAUUUCAUGUUUGAGCUAGUACUAUGUCAAUAUGUGUCUUUAGAAAUUAACAUGGCAUUUAGCCAAUAAUAAUGCAGUUUUGGAUUUUACCCUGUCUCAAAAGCAAAUUGUUUGGACCAUUGAUUGUAAAAAUGAUUGCUGUCCAUUAUGAAGUUACCUUCUUUGUUUAAAAAUGACCAAAUACACCGACUGUUGAAAGCAAAAUUACCAAAACCUGAACAAUUGAAAUAUAAUCUGAAUGAAAACCCCAAUCAACAGUUGGAUGUGAGUUGUCCACAACUCGCAUGUGAGAGGCUACACAACUCCGGUAAAGCACAAUGUUCUUGUAACAAUGACCCAGCAAAUUACAUUGGUUGUCACUCAACUAAUAAAGCCUAUGAUUUGACAUUGUAAAAGCCAUUGUGCAAGCAUCUGAGUGCUGAAGGUGCGCGCAGAUGUAUCCUAUUAGAACAGGGAUAGGCCUGCCUUUUGUUGGCGUGAUCAGUUGUCUCUCGCACUAUGCCACAGUUAUAUGACAGCACAUACGCAGUUACAUGCAUAAAAGUUUGAUAUGCUACUGAACUGAAGGAGAGGCAGCAUCAAUUGUCACAACAGAUAAGAGGUAUUUUUGGUAUAAAAACAAUAUGGAGUAAAACAAAUAUUAGUGAACUUGCAAUUUGAAUCGGUUUUCUGACCAAUGUAAUGCAUGCUUAAUUUGGAUUGUUUUGGGAUCCCGCAGACCGAUGCACAAGUAUCUUAAACAUUUGAACCAAGGACCGAUGCGCGUCAGUGAAUCGUUACAUCCCUAGACUCAAACUUUUAGGAAAUGACAAGGGUUCAUCUAGUCGGAGCAUACUUUCUCAAAGCAGGGUUCAUGUUGGCACAAAACUGUUUGGAAACCUUUUAGAGGUACAAUUUGAAUUAUAUUUUUUUGUAUAAAAAAAAAAAAGAAUAAUGGCAGCCAUUUGUUCCAUAUCCAACUGCAUCAAUGCUGAAUGAGGUGAGCAGGUGACCCUGCCUUGUGCUCACAGUCCCCCUACCCUUUUAUCUCCGCUAUCUCUAUUGCUCCCAUUGGCAUCUGGAACAAUUGAGAAACGGCUUUCCACGUUAGCUGUUCAGGAUGAUCCUUCAGUCUUGAGCUGUGUCGUGUUUAUUAUGACACUCAAUAAACAACGUUUUCAAAGUUUCGCAACGGAGAAGGAAAAUUAUAGUCCGUUCUUCUGUUUGGUGCCUAAUGAGCAGAACCAUGAUGGUCAGUCGAUCAUGUCCAUUGUUUCUCAAGACUCCCCUAAGCCCCUAUACAGUGUCUGUAUGUUCAUGUUUGGAUGUGUCACUUAAGGUUCAAAGGCGUCAAAAGGAAAAUGUUAAUGUUUUUCUCUUGCUUCGCUUAGUUGUUUAUUUUCUGUUUUCUUUCAAGUUUUCAGCUGUUCUAAGAGAUCAAUGUCUUUACCCUUUCGGUUUAUAUAAAGGUUGUUAAUUAGAAACAAGUGAAGUUUUUUUUUGUCUUUUUUUUUUUUACUAAUCAGAAAUGUAUGUAGACAGGUCUCUUUUUAAAUGAGCUUUUACUAAAUGCACUUUGAAUUGUAUGAUAUGCUGUAGUUUUUUUUUCAGAUUACUUUCAUUUUCAGCAAUAGACCAUCUGUUCUUUUAUCUGUAGAAUUUUAUGUAAAUCAGCACAAUAAAACUAGUCUGGUUUGCCAAAAAUUACUCCUGUGGGGGUUCACUUUGGUGAUGGUGUAGAUCUAAAACACGUACCUUUUUCACACUUUUGUGCGGAGCCCUCCCCCCAAAAUAAUUUGCCUCGUAAGGCUGACCAUUGAUAAGUCAAACAUUGGUCUAACUUUUCUGACUUGAUAACCCAGAGCAGCCGACGAUGCUUGUUGUAUGCAAAGAGACUGUCAUGUUUUAGUUUUACAGUUUAGUUCUGCUAUGUCAUAAUAUGGACCCUUGCGUUGAUAUCCCACCCGCCGACCUCAGUUGAGAGGAAAGACCAGGGACCUCCAUUUCACCUCAUUGAAUGAGAUCCACAAUCUGCGAAUGUGUAAAACCCUGCCUCAAACAACUGAAUCGGAUGCAAUUCUAACAUGUAAACACAACUACCAUACAGGCAUAGCAUGCGCACACACGGAGAGAGAACAGAUUGGUUGUUUCAUCAUCCUGGUAGUUUUAUUUGGUUGGAGUAAAUCGUAUCGUAAGUAUAUCCAGAUGGCACAGGGGGCUCUUUACAAGAUUUUUUUUGUUGUAAUUUC